AUGGCGACAGCAAUGCCUAUCGAAGAUGAUUUCGAAGAUGAUUUCGAUCUUGAUGAUGAUUUCGAUGAUUCCAGUGAUACAUUGGACUAUGCCCAUCAAAAUUUAACUGAAAUUGAUUUUAAUCAAUUAUCAUCAACGAUUGAAAAUCUAAAUCGUAUAAAAAAUUUUCAAUUAAAUUCUAAUAAACUUUUAACUAUACCGAAUGAAAUUGGAAAUUUUCAAUCAUUAAUUACACUUGAAUUAUCAAAUAAUCAAUUAAUUGAAUUACCACAUGAAAUUGGAUCUUUAAAAAAUUUAAAAAAUUUAUAUUUAAAAAAUAAUUCUCUUAAUGAUUUAUCAUUUCCAAAGGGAAUGCAACUAUUAAAACAAUUAGAAGUUAUUAAUUUAGGUGGAAAUCGUUUUAAACAAUUUCCUUAUCAAUUAUUUCAAAUGGUUAAUUUAAAAGAAAUUUAUUUGGGCUCAAAUCAAAUAUACAGUUUACCUGAUUUAUUUCAAACAUUGACUAAAGUUGAAGUACUUUAUUUAGGUGGAAAUCGAAUUGGAAAUAUACCUGAUUCAAUUGGAUGUAUGCAUUCAUUAGUUGUUUUGAAUUUAUGUGACAAUCGUUUAAGAACACUACCACGUUCAAUUUCUCGCUUAACUCGUCUAAAAUCACUUUCAUUACAUAAUAAUCAAUUUUGUGCUUUACCACCUGAUAUAAUACGUCUUGAUUUACAAGAAUUAAGUUUAAGAAAUAAUCCACUUGUUGUACGUUUUGUUCGUGAUUUAACAUAUGAUGUUCCAUCAUUAAAAGAAUUAGCUGGUAGAACAAUAAAACUUCGUAAAAUAAAUUAUGAUGAUAAAUCAAUACCAAAAUCUCUUAUUGAAUAUUUAAAUUCAGCUAAAUCAUGUUUAAAUCCGAAAUGCAGAGGUGUUUAUUUUGAAAGUUGUCAUAAAAAUAUUAAAUUUGUUGAUUUUUGUGGUAAGUUUUACUUACCAUUACUUCAAUUUCUUUGUUCACCAGCAUGUACACCAACAUCAACAAGUCAAAUGACAACAACAAAUUCAGAAGAAAUGAGUAGUAAAUUUAGAAAGGUGCUGCUUGGUUAA